AUGGGAGGGAGAUCUUGCUUUCCUCCUACCACGACUCGUGCGAGGUGUCAUCGGAAGCUGUCAUCCAUCCGCCGAGAUGAGCCGAAUCACGAGACCGUGAUGGUAAUUGGACCCGCGGACCUUCGAUCGGUGGCCCGCGGGAACCCACAAGGGAGUCCAAUAGAGGAAACGCACGUGUAUGACGUCAUCGCUCGAUCAACAUGGCGGUUCCCGGUCCUAUUCGUGGUUGGUCUGCCAACGUCUCCACCUUUUGUCACCGAGAUCCCUCUUUACGUGAAUCGCCUGAACUCCGAAGAGUCUGUCAUUCCCUUUGAGUACAACCACUUCGACUUCUGUGUGGCUGACGACAAUGAUGAUGCUCCUGUGGAAAACCUUGGACAGGUUGUGUUUGGUGAAAGAAUCAGGUCUUCUCCAUACAAGAUUCAGUUUGCUGCUGACAAGAACUGUUCAGAUGUGUGCACCAAGAAAUAUGCCAAAGGGAAUGAAGCAGACAAGAACAAACUGAGUGUACUUACUCGUGGAAUGCUGCUCAACUACCAGCAUCACUGGAUCAUGGACAACAUGCCGGUGACAUGGUGCUACCCGGUGGAAGGAGGAGAGAACUAUUGCAGCACUGGCUUCCCAAUGGGCUGCUAUGUUGACAAAAAAGGACAGCCAAAGGAUGCCUGUCUCAUUAGUGAAGCAUAUAGUGAGAAGGACACAUUCUACAUCUUCAACCAUGUGGAUCUCACCAUCCACUAUCACAAUGGUCAGGGUGAGGACUGGGGCAAGAACAUCAAUGGCAAGAUUGGUCGUGUUGUUGAUGUGAGGGUGUUCCCUCGUAGUGUUCAGCAUUCAGCUGGGAAGGGAUGUGGAAACACAGCACCCCCUAUGGCCAUUCCUGGAGACCUCAAGUUGAGCAAGGACCUUGAGAUCAAGUACACCUACUCUGUCAAGUUUAUAAUAAACAACAGCAAGAAGUGGAGCAGCCGAUGGGACUACAUCCUUGAGUCAAAGCCUCACACCAAUAUCCAGUGGUUUUCCAUUUUCAACUCCCUUGUCAUUGUUCUCUUCCUCUCUGGUAUGGUUGCCAUGAUCAUGCUCCGCACUCUGCACAAGGACAUUGCCCGCUACAACCAGUUGGAUAGUGGGGAAGAUGCCCAAGAGGAGUUUGGUUGGAAACUGGUCCAUGGGGAUGUUUUCCGUCCACCCCGCAAAGGCAUGCUCCUGGCUGUAUUCCUUGGAAGUGGGACGCAGGUGUUCCUCAUGGCUCUCGUCACUCUCGUGUUUGCAUGCCUGGGUUUCCUGUCCCCUGCAAACCGGGGUUCUCUGGCAACAUGUGCACUGGUCCUGUACGUGUGCUUGGGUACUCCUGCCGGCUAUGUCUCUGCACGCCUGUACAAGUCUUUUGGCGGGGAGAAGUGGAAGUCUAACGUCCUCCUCACAGCGAUGCUCUGCCCUGCGAUCCUGUUUUCAGUUUGCUUUGUGCUGAAUGUCAUGCUGUGGGCUGUGGGAAGUUCGGCAGCUGUCCCAUUCCUCAUUCUUCUGGCCCUCCUUGCUCUCUGGUUUGGCAUUUCGGUCCCACUCACCUUCAUUGGUGCCUACUUUGGAUUCCGCAAACGGCCAUUGGAAUUCCCUGUGCGGACAAACCAGAUUCCUCGCCAGAUUCCUGAGCAAAGUUUCUACACACAGCCCAUUCCAGGUAUCAUCAUGGGAGGGAUCCUCCCCUUUGGUUGCAUCUUCAUCCAGCUCUUCUUCAUUCUCAACUCAAUCUGGUCAAGUCAGGUGUACUACAUGUUUGGAUUCCUGUUCCUGGUUUUCAUCAUCCUGCUUAUCACCUGCUCUGAGACUACUAUACUCCUCUGCUAUUUCCACCUCUGUGCUGAGGACUACCACUGGUGGUGGAGAAGUUUCCUGACAAGUGGGAGUACUGCAUUGUACCUCUUCAUCUACUGUGUCCACUACUUCUUCACCAAGCUGGACAUCAAGGGGGGGAUCUCCACUUUUCUGUACUUUGGAUACACCUUCAUGUUUGUCUUUCUCUUCUUCCUUCUCACUGGAACCAUUGGCUUCAUGGCCUGCUUUUGGUUUGUGCGCAAAAUCUACAGUGUUGUCAAGGUGGACUGAAAAUAGUUUCUGCACUCUACAUGCACUGCUCCCAUGUGAUAAUCCAACAGCUGGGUGGUUUUUCUUGUUUAGCAUUAUGUAGUUUUCAUCUCAAAUGAAAAUUUCCCUCUGUGAAUGGCGAUCAGCUCCUCUCGUUAUAGAUUCAUAUUGAUCCCUCCCUUGGUUCUUGUUAUUUAUAUGCAAAAGUUUUGCACCUUUGUGGGCAUUGGAGCAGAGAGUGCUCUGUUUUGAAUGUGGUUUUCUCCCUUCUAUUGCGAUGGUGAUCAUGUGAUUAUGUUUUAAGCACUGAUGAUAAUCAUAGUCUUAUUGAAAAUUGAUUUGUAUUAUCUGAAUGAAGCUGCACAUAGAAGGUAGGGAAUUGUGGCUUUUGUGUUUUGGUUGUACCAUGGGAAUGAAAAGAGAAGGAGCAGAGAUUGCAGCAAUGCAAUCUGGGUUUCUAAAGGGCCCUCCUGGCUUGAUUGAUUCAGGACUUUCAAUGGCUGAACCAUGUUCUGAGUAUUUUGAUGGAGAUCAUUUCUUGGGGCUGAGCAUCUUAUUUUAAGGAGUAUAUGGACAACAAAUCAUGUUUUCUAAAUGUGUUUUGUGCGAACUAUUAGCAUGUGAUGGCAAAGUACUUAAUUCUGGAGAGAAUAGUAUAUAUUUUUUCAAGAUGAUAUUGGGUGUAAGGUGGUCCAUAUUUAACCCCAGCAUUUUCAAGUUCACCAUGUCUCCCACUCCUACCUGCUGCUUUGUGUCAGCUUAAAAUUUUGCUUCUUUCUUUGGUAUUCCCUGCUUCUAAUAGCUGAUCAUAUCCAGAGAAGGUGUGAAUAAAGCAGCACGUCGUGCC